CGAAUAUUGCCUUGUUUCUGCUUCAUCAUGCUCCAUUUCCACCCGGCUGCUCGCCACGAAGGUCCACAGCAAAAUGCUGGGAAAUCUCAGCGUCCGCAGUCGAGCUCAUCGCAACCUCUGACGUCGAGCUAGCCUCACACAUCACUAGAGUCCUACCUUUGCUCCCUUAGACCACUCUACUCUUUUGAUGCUCACUGUUUUCUCGCUACAGCAAGGUGUCAGAUUCACAGACUUUAUUCCCUCAAAUCGAAGCCUUGCAACGUAUUUGAAUUGCCAAGCUGAUAGGACAAGCAGCCAUGUCUGACAACAUCGGCUCGAUCUCCACCGCUGACGGAAAGCGCAAACGCGAAUCUCUUGACGCUGGUGAUAGCCAGCGGUUGGCUCGCUCGCCUCCCAUGGCGAACACCAACGCCAAUAUGCACCCGAACAAUGGCAACAUCCAUGGAUACGAUACCCAUGGAUUAAACAACCCCACCGAGCUGAGCCACAUUGACCAGCAGCUUCUUCAACACGUCGGUGGUCAGAAUGGCGUCUCCGAUGAUAACGCGAUGACUGCGAAGGCUGCUCUCGCCGCUCACCCCCAGCCUAAAUUCUCGGCCCCAGAGUCGGCUUUUGACAACAACGCCCUCGGCCACAAUAUCGCCGCGUUCGGCGAAGACGUUACGCAAGUUGCCAUGCCAGGUGUGCACGGGCACAACUCCACUGCUGCAGCUGUUUACGCUGCCCGCGAAGCUCAGAGCAUCAGCCACUCGAAACCGCCCGUGGGUUCUCCUGAGUGGCAUACCCAAAGAAAAAAUAAUCACAAAGAAGUCGAACGACGUCGUCGCGAGACUAUAAACGAAGGAAUCAAUGAACUCGCAAAGCUGGUUCCUGGCUGCGAAAAGGCAAAAGGCUCUAUCCUGCAACGUGCUGUGCAGUACAUUUCGAAGUUGCAAGAGGAUAAUAAAACCAUGGUUGAUCGUUGGGACACAACCCAAAUGACCACCACUCAAGCCAUUGCAGAAAUCAGCGCCCAAAAUGCCAAGCUGAAGGCUGAGGUCAACCGUCGUGGUGUCCUCGCGAUGAAGUGGCUGCAGCGAUGCCGAGAAGCCGGCCUCGAUUUUCCAGACUACGACGACGACAAGGACCUCUCGCAGCUCGAAAUCGAUGACGUCCAGAUCUAAAAGACCCUUUCGUCAAUCGCCCUUCAGCUUUCAAUGCAUUUUUAUCGUUUUUUGCUGGUCUUCGUCCUUCCUUGUACCUUUUUUUCCUUUGCUCAGCCUUAUGUCGUUCCGGGUGAUGAUAUUUAAAAGGCUCUGUGACCCGGCUGCCGUCUCCAGAUUGUAUUUUACCGAUGGAUGGAACGUCGACGAGCUUACGAUACUUGACGCUUUAUCUUUUUCAAGUGGCAUGCCUUUAUCUCCCUUCGAUUAAUCUCCUUCAUGGUGGCGUUACACGGUGAUGAUGGACUCGGUGCUUGCUUCAGAUGUCUCGUUUCGAUGUGGCGAAAAUCAAGGUUUUAAUGUUUUUUCCGAUGGGCAAAUGGUUGGGGAGGGUUCAGACGUUUAUGAAGUUUGAAGUUUUAUAUU